AUGUCGAGUGUCGACACUCAGACUGCAGAACUAUUCGAUAUAGUCGACAAUAACGAAGCUUCCUCCCCCAGAGUACGCACCUCUACUUCUACUCAAAGGGCUAGCCCUCGAAAGCUUCCUCGAAUUAUCUACUAUCCUCCGCCUGCAAGAAUGAGUGUACGACGCUCCCCCAUCGAAGACGUCGUCUCUUCGGACGACGUACCCUCCCUAAGACCCUCUAUUGAAGGGCACACACUCACCCCUACGCCGGGUGCCCCCUCUCGGACUUCUCAAACCAGCCCCUUACGUCAAACCGACUUUGCCGAAAUUGCAGAUAAUGAUCCUAAGCUCCUUACCGUACUUUAA